CCAGCGUCGACGCACAGAUUCCGAGCGCCUGUGGUGAGUCGUGCCAGUAGCGCGAACCGCCCCGAACGGCACACACGAUGAUCGCGCACAAGCACGCGCUCGCCGCCGCGCUGCUGUGCGCAUUGGCCGGCCAGCUCGGAGCCGGAGCCAGCCUGCACUGUGCCAUGAGGAGAGAGAUCUCACCCUGCACCUGCCGUCGUGAAGAUGCUGGCACUGGUGCCAUUCUUGUUGUUUGUCAACGUAUCAGUGCUUACGAAGAAAUUGCUCGGGCUUUAACAAACAAGUUCAGCCCAGAAACAAAAAUUGGAUUGGAUAUCUCCUACUCCCAGCUUCCGGAUUUUUCUGAACACAGCAUCAAAGAACUCGGACUUUCUAUCACAAGACUAAAACUUAACUUCGACAAUUUAAGUGAGUUGAAAGAGAGUGUUUUCACGAAAUUGGACUUGGUGGACUACUUCAGUUUGGCGGACAACUCGUUAACAGAAAUGCCGAGGCAUGUUCUCCAGCAUCUGCCGCACGUCAAGACUCUCGACCUCUGCAGGAACAAAAUCACGAAGCUCACCGAAGAUGACUUCAGGGACAUACAGGAAGUGGAACACUUACUGGUGGCAGAUAACCAGAUAUCAAAAAUAGAGAGGGAUGCUGUGCCCAAAGCUUUGAAGCACGUUCAUCUUGGUAUCAACAAGCUUAGUUCACUGAAUGGAGCUCUCAGAGAUUUGGACGACUUAGAAUGGAUUUUCAUUAAUGCAAAUAAUUUAAAAUCUAUAGACAAUGAAUUGCCCGUCAAAGCGAAAAGGAUCGUCCUAAUCCACGCCGCCCAUAACGAAUUGCAAACCUUACCAAAAGACCUAAAACAAAUGCCUUCACUAGAGUCGUUGUAUUUCUAUGGAAAUAAUAUCAAGCUAUUGGACGGAGCGCUGCAGAAGUCCAGGAGAUUGAUGAGGAUAGGACUGUCUUUCAACAAGAUAGAAAGUCUAGCGGAGGAUGAGUUUACUGAAGCAGAAAAAUUGGCUGAAUUGGACAUUGCGUAUAAUCAACUCAAAUCCUUAAAUGGAUCUUUAAAGAGUUUGAAGUCGUUGCGAUAUUUGAAUUUGACUCACAAUUACAUGACAGAAUUUUCGCUGCAAGAAAUCAAAGGAUUAAAAAGAUUGUCUGUCAUUGAUCUCUCUCAUAAUAGGAUAAGUCUUAUAACAGGAAACAUGGAGAAUUUAGUUGACGUUGAAACUCGUGUACUAGAACUGAGACUGGACCAUAACCACAUUCUUAGCUUGGGCGGAGCACUGAUGGGGCUACAUGGCCUCUUGAGGCUCAAUUUAAGUAAUAAUCUUCUCCAGCAAAUUUCUCCAGACGACCUAAUCGGUCUUGAAGACUUAAGAUUGCUUGACGUGUCCCAUAAUCAUAUAACUACAUUGGAAGAAACAUCAAAGACGUUUUUGCCGUCACUUGAGGAAUUGAUAGCACAUCAUAACAACAUAACUUUGCUCGACAAAGAUUUCCACGGAUUGCCUUCGUUGUGCAUAGCUGAUUUGUCGUUUAACCACAUCAAGACUGUUAAUUAUGACGUUGUGUCAAAAUCGAGAUGUACUAUCAAUGGAGUGCCUAGUGUAUUAAAGAUUUAUCUUCAAGAUAACCCGGUCUUAUGCGAUGAUCACCUGUACGAGCUGAUCACGGUGCUGGAGACUCUGAGCGCUCGCAUUAACGGUGCGUCAACAUGCGAGGCGCCGCAAACUACAGCGCCUGUCCCGCUGAGGGCAGUGAACGACGUGGUACCUCCUCAGGAAACACCGCCAGUCAUCGUUAUGACUCAGAUGGGAGGUGGCCCGCGUGCUCUACCAGAUGGCGUUGACCACGGUGCCGCUUCAGUACCACAAGUGCCUCAACUGAUGUACAGGCGCGUGGGAGCACUCUUCGGUCACGUGCUACCUGAGCGUGAGGGUGGCUUACCGGUGGUUGUGGAACCGCCAGUAACGCUGCCUCCCGCCAGCACCAACGUUGUAGUAAAGUGGCCCGAUGAGAGGAGAAUGGAGGAGACACACCCGCUGGUUGAUCACCUGCGACUCCGAGACCUAAACGCAUCGCCGCAGUGAGAGCAGGGGACCCGGGUGCCGCGCACGCCGAUGACUACGAAUUGAAUGCUUCGCCUUAAAAUAUACUGCCAAUAAUUUAGGCUAGGGCAGAGUGUCUUCUGAUUCGGUCGGGCGCAUGUAAAUUUUGAAUUAGAUAGAUACCAUCCCAUUCUGUUAGGUCUGCGAUGUAAAUAGGACGAUGCAUUAGGUACACCGACACCGACAGUGUAUCCUCAACAUGAUCCUAUUCUGAAUGUCGAGUUCAUGUGUAAUUUGACUUUAGUAUGUAGCAAGUAUUAUCCGAAUGGUUAAAUUUCUACGUAGCAAAAUGUAAUGGGCGUGUAUAUAAGUUGAUUGAAAAGUGUUAAAUUAGCAUUGAUAGAUUUUCCUAAUGACAUAACUGUAAAUCUUUUCUUGUGACCAAAAAUUAAAGUAAACAUGACCCCUGAAUUGAUCUGUUAUAUAAUGCUGAAAUAUAAUCCUAUAUAAAUAUAGUAUGUAUAGAUAGAUAUACAAAAUAACACUGGUUUUUAUAAGGUUUUAGAUUUUUUUAUAAAUAUUUACCAAAUAGUAUGUAACUUGCAUAAUUUUCUGAAAUGUUACCUAAGUUUGUACCAAAGAUGAAAUAACUAGUUAUAGAACCUACAUGACUAUCAAAUAAUAUUGUAGUACUAAUUGUUAGAUUUGUCACCGUGAUCAGUGAUCAAUUUUCUGAUCAUUUAGUGUAGUCAAAGUGUCGAUAUAUUCUCGCGUUCCGAGCGUAGAUACACUAUGGAUACAAGACGAACUGUUAUCGAAAUGCGUAUUGCUAGUAUACUGUCGAUAAGAACUUUAUCUUAGUCAUUUCUAGACACAAAUAAACAUACAAGUGGUACUGCAGGACAAACUGACAAUUUUACAAAUAUGAACAUGAACUUUUAAGUUAUAGUUUUGAAAUAUUUCCUAAAUAACCAAAAUGUUCUAUUUUUUAUUUUAAUAUGAAGUAAGCACUUAGUAUAUAAGUAAAUAUAUUUCAGUAAAGUACUUGUAGCUAAAACAGGCUUGUUUUCGAUAGUUCUCAGCGAAACCCUGAUAAACCAGUGUAAUUAUUGUAGCUGUCGGUAUGUCUGGAUGCGUGAUAUUGCGUGUGUCGAUGUCUGGCCCAAUCUUUUUUGUGAGUAUGAGGUAAUUUUCAAACAACAACCGUGAAGUUUCCCCAUACUUACAAGAAAGAUUGAUUCAGGCCACUUAAGUUAAAUAAAUUAGUUGACAAUUAAAAUAAUAACAAACAUACUAAAAGCCUGUCAGCCAAAGUACAUAGUUUAUAGUUAUUUCGAUCCUUUCGAACGAAAGUGUACCUAAG